AUCCGUGAUCGGUUAGCCAGGUCUGGGCCCCUCGGCGUGAAGGUGGUGUUGGAUCAUCGGGAAGUGCCGUCGGUUCCUCGUCGUUCCGCAGCGGGUUGACGGUAAACGGUGAAGAUGCUUCUUCCAGAGCGGAGCAGUUCCCAGAGGAUCCAGGCGGUGUUCACUAGCGCCCCCGCAGGCCUGGAGGGCUUUAAGGCUCAUGCUGUGUUCCAGGAGAUUGCUAAGAAGCUGCAGGAGGAAGGGGAUCAGUUCGUGAAGAAGAUCGGAGGCGUGUUUGCCUUUAAGGUGAAGGACGGGCCGGGUGGAAGUGAGGCCAUGUGGAUCGUAGACGUGAAGGAGGGAAAGGGCUGCGUUCACAACGACACGUCUAAGACAGCGGACUGUACCAUCUCUAUGACGGACUCUGACCUGCUGGCCCUGAUGACGGGGAAGAUGAACCCUCAGACGGCUUUCUUCCAGGGUAAGCUGAAGAUCACCGGGAACAUGGGCAUGGCCAUGAAGCUCCAGAACUUGCAGUUGAAGCCGGGCAAAGCCAAGCUGUGAGGGUCAAAACCACCACUGCCUCGCUUCACUGGGAGGCCGGCCUGGAGAGUAGAGUCCAUUAGUGUGACUGAGCCAGAGGCAGAGAAACUCACUACGUAGAUUUAUACAAGUAAGAGGACAGAGACCACCCUUCGUUUAUUUAACUGCCGGUCAGAAACUUCGUUUUAGAGCAUCAGGGAGAAAACAGAAAACAUCAGUUUUGCAGCAAAUUACACAGAAGAACUAAUUAAACAACUAAAUAUAGCAACAAAGUAAAUAACUCAAUAAAAUAUCGAUUUUUUUUUUUUUUUUUAGUAUUUUGUCUCUUCACUCUGGACCUUUAUUAGAGCUUAAAGAGGCUUGUUUCGUUUUCAGUUUCUCAAAAGAAUCAUCAGCCACACCUUGAGAUUUGAUUGUAUUUUUCUUUUCUUUAAAUCACUGACAGCUUCUUUACCAUUUAUCUGAUGGGGACAUGUUUGGUGGUCUACGAGGUCCAGGUGGUUGUUAAGAGUCCCACUUUGUCUGUAGCUUUCAAUCAUUUUUGAACUCCAGUUUUGGAAUCUCUCGUUUUAUUUGCUUCGACUUUCUCCUUCAUGCAUACGGAUCACCUGUUGGAUAGUGUAGUGGGUAACACCUUUGCCUUUUAUGCUGGAGACUGGGAUUCAGUCCCCACCUGGGUAGGCACCCUACACUAUACCAAUAAGAGACCAUGGGCAAGACUCCUAACACUGCCUUCG